GAGCUUUUAGAUGAACAUCAGAUCAGUCUGAGCAGCACAUGUGAUUGUGUGACUCAAGGAACUGAUGAAGCAGAAAGUAAAGUCCCCCUCAACAGAAUCUACACUGAGGUCUACAUCACAGAUGGACUCAGUGAAGAGGUUAAUACCCAACAUGAGGUGAGGCAGCUUGAAACUGCUUACAAGAUGAAGACCCUCCAUGACACUCCAAUCAAGUGUCACGACAUCUUUAAAGUAUUACCUGACCAACAGGUAAAUGAGGAUGUUAAUACCCAACAUGAGGUGAGGCAAGUCAGAGUCGUUUUGACAAAUGGAGUUGCUGGCAUUGGAAAAACCGUAUCAGUGCAGAAGUUCACUCUGGACUGGGUACAGCGCUCCAAAAACCAAGAUAUCAGUCUGAUGAUUCCGUUCUUGUUCAGGGCGCUGAACUUGAUCAAAGAUGAGCAGUACAGUCUGCUUAUGCUGAUCCAUGUUUUCUAUCCAACAUUACAGAAGCUCACAGCAGAGAAGCUCACUGUCUGUAAAGUUUUGUUCAUCUUUGACGGCCUGGAUGAAAGCAGACUUUCACUGGAUUUCAACAACAAUGAGGUCGUGUCUGAUGUCACACAGAAGUCAUCAGUCAGCGUGCUGUUGACAAACCUCAUCAAGGGGAAGCUGCUUCCCUCGGCUCUCAUCUGGAUAACUUCCCGACCUGCAGCAGCCAAUCAGAUCCCUCCUUCAUGUGUGGACAGGAUAACAGAAGUACGCGGAUUCACUGACGCUCAGAAGGAGGAGUACUUCAGGAGGCAAUUCAGUGAUGAAGAGAAGUCCAGCAAAAUCAUCUCACACAUCAAGACAUCCAGGAGCCUGCACAUCAUGUGUCACAUCCCAGUCUUCUGCUGGAUCACUGCUACAGUUCUGGACCACAUGUUGACUACAGACCAGAGAGGAGAGCUGCCCAAAACCCUGACUAACAUGUACUCACACUUCCUGCUAGUUCAGACAAAGAGGAAGAAGAACAAGUAUAGCACACAAAAGACAAAGAAGAAGAACAAGUAUGAUGAGGGACAUGAGAAGAGUCCACAGGAGCUGACGAAGGCUGAUGGUGAACUUCUUCUGAAGCUGGGGAGGCUGGCAUUUGAACAACUGGAGAAAGGAAACAUCAUGUUCUACCAAGAAGACCUGGAGCAGUGUGGUCUUGAUGUCACAGAGGCCUCUGUGUUAUCAGGAUUUUGUACAGAGCUCUUCAAAAGAGAGAGUGUGCUCUUCAAGAAAACAGUCUACAGCUUUGUUCAUCUGAGCAUUCAGGAGUUUCUGGCUGCAGUCUACAUGUACCACUGUUACACCUACAUGAAGACAGAGGUACUGAAGGACUUCUUGUAUGGAAAUCACAGUUACUCAUUUUUAGAUGAGUUCCUGAAGGGAGCCAUGGAGAAAUCUCUCAAAAGUAAAAGUGGCCACCUGGACCUGUUUGUCCGCUUCCUUCAUGGCCUCUCUCUGAAGUCCAACCAGAGUCUCUUAAGAGGCCUGCUGGGUCUGACAGAACACAGUCUAGAAACCAUCCAAAGAGUCAUCGACAACCUGAAGGAGAUGAACAGUGAGUUUAUCUCUCCUGACAGAAGCAUCAACAUCUUCCACUGUCUGACGGAGAUGAAUGACCGCUCAGUACAUCAGGAAAUCCAAGAGUUCCUGAAGUCAGAGAACAGAUCAAAGAAAGAACUCUCUGGGAUCCAGUGCUCAGCUCUGGCCUACAUGCUGCAGAUGUCAGAGGAGGUUCUGGAUGAGUUUGAUAUGAAGAAGUACAACACAUCGGAUGAGGGACGACAGAGACUGAUUCCUGCUGUGCGGAACUGCAGAAAGGCUCAACUUUUUGACUGCGGACUCUCUGAGACUCAUUGUGAAGUUGUGGCCUCAGCUCUGAAGUCCAACCCCUCCCAUCUGAGAUACCUGGACCUAAGUAGAAACAACCUGCAGGAUUCAGGAUGCAACCCCUCCCAUCUCGGAGAGCUUUAUCUAAGCAACAACAAGCUGCAGGAUUCAGGAGUGAAGGAUCUGUCUGCUGUACUGGAGAGUCCAGACAGUAGACUGGAGACUCUGGGAUUGAGUGGCUGCAGUUUGACGGAGAUCAGCUGUGCUUCUCUGGCAUCAGCUCUGAAGUACAACUCCUCCCAUCUCAGAGAUUUGGAUCUGAGAUUGAACAACCUGAAGGAUUCAGAUGUGAAGCAGCUGUGUGAUCUUAAGGAGAGUACAGACUGCAAGCUGGAGACUCUGAGUGUCCUCACUCACGGCAUCCUGGUGUGGUAUGGUAGCAGCUCUGAAGCAGACAAAAAGUCCCUGCAGAGAAUCAUAAAAAAGCAAACCCCCGGAACACAUCACAACUAA